AUGGAGGCAAUUCCAUAUUCCGACGCCAAAUUGCGUCGUAUCCUGUCGACGGUGCGCACCAUCGCCAUCGUCGGUGCCUCCAGCAAUUGGAACCGCCCUAGCUACUUCGUUAUGAAGUAUCUGCAGCGUAAAGGCUACCGUGUCAUUCCUGUCAACCCCGGAAAUGCAGGAAAGAAGUUGCUCGGUGAGCAAGUGUACGCCAACUUGCGCGAAGUUCCAGACAAGGUCGAUAUGGUUAACGUAUUUCGGGCAUCGCACACCGUUGGUCCCAUCAUGGAGGAUGCUAUUGCCGUCGGCAUCAAAGUGGUAUGGAUGCAGCUUGGUGUCCGCAAUGAUGAAGCCGCUGCGAAAGGCGAGGCCGCAGGCAUCGAAGUAAUCAUGAACCGCUGCCCGAAAAUCGAAUUCGGCCGUCUGGGUGGCGAACUGUCCUGGGGCGGCGUCAACACCGGCAUCAUUCGUAACAAACCCGCGCAGGCGCCGACCAACAACCGGCUGCGUGAUCUACCAGCCGUCAAUAUUGAACAUGGCUUCGAAACACGCGCGAUCCACGCUGGCGCGGCGCCAGACCCGACCACUGGUGCUCGUGGCACCCCGAUCUUCCAGACCACCGCCUACGUCUUUGAUGAUGUCGAACACGCCGCGUCGCUGUUUAAUCUGCACAACUUUGGCUUCAUCUACAGCCGGCUGACCAACCCGACAGUGUCGGUCCUCGAAGAGCGCGUGGCCAGUCUGGAAGGAGGACGCGCCGCCGUGGCCGCCGCAUCGGGCCAUGCUGCACAGUUCCUGAUCUUUGCCACCUUGAUGGAGCCCGGCGAUGAGUUUGUCGCCUCGAACAAGCUCUACGGCGGCUCUCUCACCCAAUUCGGCCUUACGUUCAAGAAGCUGGGUUGGCACUGCCAUUUUGUGGACCCCACCGAUCCGGAAAACUUCCGGCGUGCCCUCACUCCCAAAUGCAAAGCUGUCUUCAUUGAGAGUCUUGCCAAUCCUGGUGGCAUAAUUGCUGAUAUCUCUGCCAUCGCUGAAGUUGCCCAUUCGGCUGGGCUACCAUUGAUCGUCGACAACACGCUCGCUACACCCUACCUGUGCCGGCCUAUUGGAUGGGGGGCCGAUAUCGUCGUGCAUUCCACCACCAAAUUUCUCGGUGGCCAUGGCAACGCGAUGGGCGGUAUUGUUGUCGAGUCGGGCAAGUUUGAUUGGACUCAAGGGGGCAAGUUUCCAUCUAUGACAGAGCCUGAACCUGCGUAUCACGGCCUACGCUUCUACGAAAACUUUGGUGAUUUUGCCUUCACCACGAAGGCCCGCGCAGUUGCACUACGAGAUUAUGGUCCAGCAAUGGCGCCAAUGAAUGCCUUCUUGACCAUCACAGGCAUUGAAACGCUGCAUCUGCGCAUGGAGCGGCACUGUCACAACGCACGCGCUGUUGCCGACUACCUAGCACAUGAUUCUCGAGUCGCGUGGGUGUCCUACGCCGGUCUGGACACAAGCCCUUUCCGGGCGUUAGCCAAGAAAUACCUCCCCAAGGGCUCAGGAGCCGUCUUCACAUUUGGCGUCAAGGGUGGCUAUGAGACUGGCUGUAAAAUAGUCGAGAGCGUCAGUCUGUUCUCUCAUCUUGCCAAUGUCGGAGAUACCCGCAGCUUGAUCUUGCAUCCUGCUUCGACUACUCACCGACAACUCAGCGAUGAGCAGCGCGAAGCCGCAGGCGCCGGGGCCGAUGUGAUACGUUUGUCGAUUGGCUUGGAAACAGCUGCUGACUUGAUUGCGGAUUUGGACAGAGCGCUGGGAUAA